UGUACCGUGAAGCGGGUAGGGCAGAUGAGAAUGUACAGCAGAGGCGGUUGCUGGUUCACAUGUGUGUGUGACCUCACCAGCUGUUGCUGCAUGCUGUUGGGAGGCACGGGGAGGGCGGGGUGGAGAGCUCGCCGGCGGCGCACGAACAAAUGUGACGGGUGGCAAUCCGUUGUUCUGCAGGGAAAGACAGCAGCAGGGGAUGGAGAUGACCACGCACAGGCCACGCCGCGAGGCGGCAGCGCGCGCACACCUCUCCUGAUUCAGCGGAACAGAUCUCGCCGUCAGCUUUCUUUACGCAGAGCCCUCUGCUGCGACACCCCGCCGUGAGGCUGCGUGGCUCUGGCUCUGCAGCCCUGAUCCAGCUCACUGCCGCUGAGACAGCAGGAGGGAGGGAAGGGCACAGGUGGAGAGACGGGCGGCGCAGGAGGACGAUGAUGGGUGAAUCUUGAACGCAAGGGAAGGAGGAUGAAGCAGCGGGGAAACUAAGGACGCGACAAACGCAAGGCUCCUAGGACAUCCCCUGUCAAGGGAAUGCUCGUUAUUAUGGGAUAGGUCCAAACGACUCGUCGUUGUUAUGGAUACCAGCACGCGAAAAUUCACAGUGCGGAGAUGGCUUUCUAUUUAUUUGAAGAGCAAAGCGGCCCGCAGCAAGAACAGCGCCGGCUUCUGUCAGCUGGAGGAUGAGAGUUUACUCAAGGAGAUUGACAUCAGCCACCAUGUGAAGGAAGGUUGUGAAAAAGCAGAUCCUUCUCAGUUCCAGCUUCUGAAGGUGCUGGGACAAGGCUCUUAUGGAAAGGUUUUCCUGGUUAGAAAGAUAAGGGGGGCGGACAGAGGACAGCUAUACGCCAUGAAGGUGUUGAAGAAAGCCACAUUGAAAGUUCGGGAUCGUGUAAGAUCUAAGAUGGAAAGAGACAUUCUAGCUGAAGUGAAUCAUCCGUUUAUAGUCAAACUCCACUAUGCUUUUCAGACAGAAGGAAAGCUUUAUCUGAUCCUGGACUUUCUCAGAGGAGGAGACCUUUUCACUCGUCUGUCCAAAGAAGUCAUGUUUACAGAGGAGGAUGUGAAGUUUUACCUUGCAGAGCUGGCCCUGGCUUUGGACCAUCUUCACAGCCUGGGGAUCAUCUACAGGGACCUCAAACCAGAAAACAUUCUUCUGGAUGAAGAAGGACACAUUAAGAUUACCGACUUUGGACUUAGCAAGGAAGCUAUAGAUCACGAUAAAAGAGCAUAUUCCUUCUGUGGUACAAUCGAGUACAUGGCUCCUGAAGUCGUGAACAGACGAGGGCACACACAAAGUGCUGACUGGUGGUCAUUUGGGGUCCUCAUGUUUGAAAUGUUGACAGGAUCUUUGCCGUUUCAAGGAAAAGACAGAAAAGAAACCAUGGCGCUCAUCCUAAAGGCAAAGCUGGGAAUGCCACAGUUCCUCAGUCCAGAGGUGCAGAGUUUACUAAGAGCACUUUUCAAGAGGAACCCUACUAACCGGCUCGGUGCAGGACCAGACGGAAUUGAAGAAAUAAAAAGACAUCGUUUUUUUGCUUCGAUAGACUGGAAAAAGUUGUACAGGAAAGAAGUGCGGCCGCCAUUCAAGCCAAGCGUAGGAAGACCUGAAGACACUUUUCACUUUGACCCAGAAUUCACUUCAAGAACUCCAACAGAUUCUCCUGGCAUCCCUCCCAGUGCAAACACACACCAGCUGUUCCGUGGCUUCAGUUUUGUUGCAACUAAUCAAAGUCAGGAGGCCAGUGUUGCCCCGAUAACACCAACUUGUCAGGGGGCAAACAUUAACCCCAGUUCACUGCGGCUGCACGGGGACUGUGCCUUCAAAGAUGUUUACGAGUUGAAGGAAGAAGCCGAAUCGGUGGGAACUUCUGUCCGCAGAAGAUGUUUGCACAGAAUUACAGCUGUGGAGUAUUCAGUAAAGAUUGUUGACAAAACGAGGCGAGAUCCAUCAGAGGAGAUUGAAAUUCUUUUGAGAUAUGGCCAACAUCAGAAUAUCAUCACUCUGAGAGAAAUGUUUGAUGAUGGCCACAAUGUUUAUUUAGUUCAGGAUUUACUGAGAGGAGAGCAGCUGCUGGACAGAGUUCUGACUCUGCCCAACUUCACAGAAAAAGAUGCUUCGGACAUCAUCUGCACACUGGCCAAAACUGUGGAGUACUUACACUCACAGGGGGUCGUACAUCGAGAUCUUAAACCCAGUAACAUUCGCUAUGCUGAUGACAGCGGCCUCCCAGAAAGCAUCAGGAUAUGUGAUUUUGGUUUUGCAAGACAACUAAGAGCUGAAAACGGCUUGUUGAUGACGCCGUGUUACACAGCCACGUUUAUGGCCCCUGAAGUAUGUCAGAAUGUUCUGCGGAAGCAGGGGUAUGAUGCUGCCUGUGACAUAUGGAGCUUGGGGAUCCUGCUCUACACCAUGAUAGCCGGUUUCAGCCCAUUUGCCAGCAGUCCUAAUGACACAGCAGAUGAGAUUCUGGCUAAGAUUGGCAGUGGGAGAGUCACCAUCACAGAAGGGAACUGGGAUUUUGUGUCAGAUGCUGCCAAGGACAUAGUGAUAAAGAUGCUUCAUGUGGAUCCUCACCAGCGUUUAACAGCCCCACAGGUUCUUCGACAUCCCUGGGUUGUAGAGCGAAACCAGCUAACUGACACAGCACUUACCAGACAGAAUGCGGUUAACGUCAAGGGGGCUCUGUCUGCCACCUACUCGGCCCUGAGUCGCUGCGCUCCUGCCCCAGUGCUGGAACCUGUACAGUCUUCCAGUUUGGCGCAGAGGAGAGGAAUGAAUAAACUGAGGAGUCUAAACUCCUCGUCAGAUCCUAUGGAGAAGCAAUAAUUUAAGCAAAUCUUAAUUUUAACAAAAAAAGUCCUAGACAAAGGGAAAGAACUCUUCAUAUAAAAAAGCACAACUGAGUAAUUGAAAAUCAUCUAACAGACUGUAGAACCAGAACUGGCCUCAGUUAAACAUGUGAAUUUGAAUUGAGUAUUUUACUUUGCUUGACCUUUAAGAGAGCAAAACUGAAAUCACAGUGGCUGAAAGCAAUCGGGUUCUCAGCAGUUUUCCUCAGUGCUGGUUGCAGACUUCAAGUACUUACUGCAAUUACUCGUCUGUUUUAUACACAUAUUCUCUCAAUAUAACUUUUGCCCCCUCUGCAACUGCUAACCAAGAACAUAAUGUUUGCAUCUCUUUGCAAAUGUGAGGGCUUUUGUGCAAUACACACUGUGGAACGUACACAGAUGAAUUUAUGCUGCCUUGAGUUGUACAGUCGUCGUAGCUGUAAGAAAUACAAGUUGGAGGAAAAAAAAGAUUCAGUGCCACAAAAGACAUCCACAUGAAACAGCUUACUACAUUUAGCUCAACAAAAUAAAUUCCAGCAAUAGUUAGACAUUCUGCAGACAUACUAUGUUGUAUAAUGUACAAACAAACGCACAUUUUCAUGGCAAUCUGUUCUGUUUUUCCUUCAGUCAGUUUUAGGACUUUUCAAUGAGGUCGAGCGUGUUCACAGAAAUGUAAACACAAAACCAAAGGGUUGCGCUCCGAAAUUCAUGUCCACUGCUGCCGACUUUUAUCAUUCCAAAUGCAAUAUAGUUUAUUGUACGUUUUGUCAUCUUUUUAAAAUAAAGUAUUUAAAAUGCAAUAUGGAACCUACCACUGCUGCAACCUUCAGAUCAGAUGUAAACAGUUACCCACUGGAGAACAGUAAGCAGAUUCCAAUGGAUUUUCAGCUCAAAACUGAACAGAAUAGAAAAAUAAUCUUGUUCUGCAAAUGUCACAAUUACAUUCUGGAUUCAGAAAUAAGCUUUAAAUAUACAUCUUUGUGGGAUUUAGUGAGGCAAACUGCUUGGAUUUUCUCGCUUUUGGUGGCCAGAUUGUAUCUAAUUUGCACUGAGGAGAGUUAAAAGAUGUUUAAAGAUGCAGACUUAAGUAGCAUUUCAGACUUUUUAUUUUAUUUUGUACAGUUUAACAGAGAGAAACCAAAAUUCCAAUGCUACUUUUCAACACAAAACGAGGUGGUCUGGAGGUGAAUGCAAUGAUAUGUGGAGAAACAGCAAUACUUUAUGUUGUGUAAAUAUAGUCCCUGUUGUGGAGAUUCUGUGUGUCAUGUGUUGUUUUGCAUCGCUUCACUGUACGUAAACCUGGUGCAGUUUUGAGCUGUGCUGACAGACGAGGUUGUGCAUUCUCUCUCAUGUAGUCUCAGAGGAAGAUGUACAUAGAAUUGCAAAUGUUUAAAUGUUCAUUUUGUCAACCUGAAAAACUAUAAUGAAACUGUACAUAUCAAAAAGUGGAAACUGGAAUUGUUUGCUUAGAACGCAUAUGUCAUCUUCACUUGGCCAAACAUUAAAAUGGCAGAUUUACAAAUAAAACAAAUGGAGGUGGUUUUA